AUGCUUGCUCCUUUGAAAUCUCUUCAGAUAUUAUACAUAGUGGGUUGUAGAUUAGAAAAUAUACCUAAUGUUGUCGGCAAAUAUUUUCAUAAUCUAACCGACUUAUUUGUCAGUUAUAACCGAAUUAAAACCUGGCCAAAUAAUUUAUUUGAAGAGACCAUUAAUUUGAAGGCCCUAGAUCUAAGUCACAAUUCAAUUCAGACUAUUACAGGUAGAAUGUUGCCUAAAAUGCUGAGGAAGGGGUUGAAAACAAUAUCCGUAGCAGGAAACCCAUUGGUAUGUAAGUGUGGAUUGGUUUGGUUAAUUCAGUGGAUUCAUAGGGAACCAUACAAGUUUUGGGAUUAUCCUAACGACUAUAGAUGCCUGAAUAUUACGGAGAGAAUAUGUCUGAAUAACACUGGGGCGUUUAUCUCUGUCACAACAGUAACAUGUUUUUUUAUUUGUGUUAUUUUUAUCGCUUCUGUUAUCAACAAAUAUAUCUGGCAUAUUAAGUAUCAUAUUUAUAUGUGGAGAUACAGACCUAAACAGUUGUUAGAUAUUGCAGAGAAACAUUUUCUUCAUGACGCCUUUGUUGCUUACUGUAUAGAAGAUGGGGACUGGGUUUUAGAUGAUCUUCAACCUAUCGUGGAAGAGGGUGAAAACAUUAAGCUGUGUAUCCACGAAAGAGAUUUUCUUGGUGCACAACUGGUCAUUGAUAAUAUUGUUCAACACAUGGAAAACAGUCGUAAAGUUCUUGUGGUUUUGUCCAAUGGUUUUGCUAGAAGUAAAUGGUGUCAAUUUGAAAUGAGUUUAGCUCAGAAAUUGGUUAUAGAUAGGAGUAUAGAGUCAAUAGUAGUAGUGCUACUAGAGGAUAUAGCAGCAGUCAAUAUGAGUAAAUCACUGAAUGCUCUAUUGAAAACUACUACUUAUAUCAAAUGGCAAGAUGACAACAAAGAUCUAUUUUGGCAAAUGGUCAAAACAUCACUGAAACGUCAAUAUGAAUUAUAAUACGAUUAUCAUACAUACAUACAUGUAGGUCAUUUUUCCUGCAGGGUUUGUACAUAUUUUUCCCUGGAAUGUCACGUUUUCCUUUUGCUUUCGUCACUUCCGUUUCAUGAAAUCUUCAUUACGCGUCUAUCGAAGGAAUGAUCUCUUUGUUAAAAUAUUAUUUGGAACGUGUUUAACCAGUUCUAUAACAUAAUGACUGACACCAAUAUUGUCCUUUAAUACUGCUAGUUUCACUAUGAGUCUCUUGGUUUUAUACUCUUAGUUUUACCCCUAGUGCUAUUUCAACAAGCUGGGUUCGCGGCUAUUGUUAGGAAUGGAAUGUUACCGUAAACGAAAAUUCUUGCUGCACUUCAAUUAUGUAUUAAUUAUUCUUUAAGUGGCAUUUAGCGAUCGGGGAACACAUUAACAGAACACAGUUUUUAUGGGAUACAAUCACUGGUUUAUUCUAAAAGCACGACGUUUCGACAAUUUGUGCUUGAUAACGAUAAGAGGAUACUUGUCGAAACGUCGUGCUUUUAGAAUAAACCAGUGAUUGUAUCCCAUAAAAACUGUGUUCUGUUAUGUAUUAAUUGGUUUUAUGUAAUAGUUGUUUAUGUAUGUUGAAUACAAAAACUUUAGUGGUAUCAUUAUUGACAGUUUAGUCCGUUAAUUGAAGUACAGCAAGAAUUCUUGUUCACGUUAACAUUCCAUUCCUAGACUUUAUAUUAGCUAACCAUAGCCGUAAACCCGUGACCUCCGGUUUGCGCAAGCGCGGGUUUCAUCAUGGCAGUCCAAUUCAAAUGAAUUUGUUUGUGUUUUGGAAUCUCAAAAUUCUACUUGAAAGUAUUGUUGAAUUAUUAUAACCAAGGUGGUGUAAAGCGUUAUUUUCAUAUGUUAAUAGGGAGAGACAGUAACGGUGAGAGGACGAGUCCGAUCAGACACCGUUUCUAAAGUAACUAGGAUUUGUGUUACUAUGUAUAUAUUACAAUUCCUAUUAAUCAAUUUCUUUUUAUAUGUGGUAUAUGUUUGUUAUAUUUUAUAUAUUACUCGUGGCUUAUAUUUUGUUUUAGUAUCUGAUAUAUGGAUGACUUUUAAAAUGAAUUAAAUUUUAUGCAUACCAUACCAACCACACGCCCACAUGGGCAUGGACGUGUGUUGUUAUUGAUGCAAUGCCUCAUACCAACCACCCACCCACAUGAGCAUGGGCGUGUGUUAUUAUUGAUAUAUUGCAAUGCAUAUUUAUCAUUUGCAUUAUAUGUUUAUUAUAUUUUAUAUAUUAUAUAAUUGCUUAUAUUAUGUUUUUUAUCUAUUAUGUGGAAGCGUUUUAACAUAACAAUUAAUGAGCCUUUAUGUACCCCCCCCCCACCCAUCCAACACAGACCAUCAUGGACGUGUGUUACUUUGUAUAUAUUGCAAUGCAUGUUUCCUAAAUUUACAUUAUAUGUUUUUUAUAUUAUUUCAUAUAUUAUAUAAUGGCUUAUAUUAUGUUAUAUUAUCUAAUAUGUGUGUGACUUUUAACUAAAAGUGUGCAUAUAUGUAUCAUAUAUGUAUACUAAUCAGGCCCGUAGCCAGCUUGCUAGCUUCGGAGGGGCAGUGAGGUUUUUAGGGGUGGCAUUGCCCACCCCCCCCCCCUUGCCCCCCUCUGGCUACGGGCCUGAUACUAAUCUUAUAUAGGAAUGUAUUACUAAUCAUUCGAUAUGCUAUUCGCAUGGAUUGUUUGAGGACUGAAAUGGGUGUUG